AUGAUCCAAACCACAACCUCCCGAAAGCGAUCCUCCAGAUCAUCCUCGAGACACAAGAAGCCACAGCGCCUCAUCAUAAACCCGCCCAAGCUGCCCAAGCUCACAAUUCACCCACCAAAGCCACCUCAGCAGCAGCAGCAGCAGCUAGACACCGUGAAAAUGACCCUGAGGCCCCCAAAGUCUCCUUCACCAGAGACCAACCAUUCUGCAUCUGACUGGACAGAAAUGCCACUUAUUGGAAACGGAACGGAUGCCUCGUAUGACUAUGGCGAUAUCUGCAAGGUACAGGCGGUCAUGAAAGCCUUCAAUGGGCUGUCGAGCGCCACCAGGAAAGUCGAGGCCGUCGAGCAGAGGCAGAAGCAGAAGCAGAAGCAGAAACAGAAGCAAAAGCUGGCGGCCAUCGCUCCUUCCCAUGUGGACGAGGAUCGUGCUAGAACCGAAAUAGAAAUGAACGACAUUUUGCAGGAAUCCCUGAGCUGCCGCCACUGCGACAAGACAAUGUAUCUCAAGCCAGAGGCCAUGGAGUCAGAUGUUCGCCAUGGAAUCUACCGCCAUGGCGAAGAUCCCCCGUUCGUCCUCAACCGACCGUCCGAGGAUGUGGCUCCAGACGAGGUGGCUGAAGAUGUCUGGGAACCGGGCUAUUUACAGCUUGCAACAACAGCCCAGCAUGAGCAGUAUCUCCGGCUUGUCGAGCAAUACAUGAACCGCAACCGCGCGAGGAAGGUCUUUGCAAGAAUGGGGAGCGAAAUUGACCAGGGCUAUGAAUCCCGUUUCGCUUGUUAUUGCGUCGAUUUUCAUAUUCAUCAGCACUACAUUCACCGCCGCAGCGUACUGAAUUACUGUCGGACUAACGAUGAGAUGGAAGACAUUCGUGAUUGGAAGCGUAGGCUGGCCCUAUGGACGGGCAGUCGAGCUUUGGCUCAACCAAGGGAGAAAUGCAUCAUAGACAGCGAUGAUGAGAACGAAUUCGCUACGCCAGGAACGGCUUCAAUGGUUCGAGGAUUAAUGAAGAAGCGUGACGCACCAGAAACAUCAACUUCUUUUCGUACCACGAGUAACAUGCCGGGAAGCUGGUCAUCGCCGCCAUUAUCCCCAGCCUCAUCCAUCUUCUCAGCCCCGGCGAAUCCUUCCUCUCCUCCAACAUCAGCGGCAUCAUCGCCGCCGAAGGUUUCAUCAUUCCCCAGCCUCGCACCGCCACUAGUAGAUCCAUGGCCCAAGCAGCAACUUGCCUUAUCCAGUCAAAUUAGUCUUCACCGCUAUCUAGUAAAUCCUCAAGAAAGGACAGCUCGAGUUCGCGUCGCCCGUAAACGUUACCGAGAUAUAAUGAACGAACGCGCCAUACAACACCGCGACGGCCUCAUCAUAGCAAACUACGAAGCUGCAUUUGCGCUGCAGAAAUGGCUCCGUGGCAAGGGUGGGCCACUCGCCUUAAAACGAGAUGGGAUAAUUGGGGAGUUGUUGAAACGAUAUAACCAUUGA